CGAAAACAAGCAGGGGGUGCUGAACGAACAGCUCCGAGACAAGGCGCACCAACACUUGGACACUAAAGUCAUCCCCGGAUCUGACCGUCCACCGGCGCUCCCGCGGUCCUCUCAGACCAGACUCAGCGGAGCCAUGAGCCAGCCCAGCUCGCCCUCCUCAAGAUCCACCGCUAAACUUCUGCUGCCCGCCAACUCACCCUGACCAUGAAGCGGCAAAACGUGAGGACCCUCGCGCUCAUCAUCUGCACUUUCACGUAUCUGCUGGUCGGAGCGGCCGUCUUCGAUGCGUUGGAAUCCAAGAAGGAGACCACUCAGAAGAAGAAACUGGACGCCAGAAAGCGGGACUUGAUGGAGAAAUACAACUUGUCCAGAGUCAACUUCGACGAACUGGAAGGGGUUGUGUUGCAGCUGAAACCGCACAAGGCGGGAGUUCAGUGGAAAUUCGCAGGGUCUUUUUACUUCGCCAUCACUGUGAUCACCACGAUAGGCUACGGCCACGCCGCUCCCAGCACGGACGGCGGCAAGGUCUUCUGCAUGUUCUACGCGCUGCUGGGCAUCCCGCUCACCCUGGUGAUGUUCCAGAGCCUGGGCGAGCGCAUCAACACGCUGGUGCGCCACCUGCUGCACCGGCUGAAGAAGUGCCUGGGCCUGCGCCGCACCAACGUCAGCAUGGCCAACAUGGUCUUCAUCGGCCUGGUCUCGUGCAUGAGCACGCUGUGCGUGGGCGCCGUGGCCUUCUCGCGCUACGAGGACUGGAGCUUCUUCCACGCCUACUACUACUGCUUCAUCACGCUCACCACCAUCGGCUUCGGCGACUACGUGGCGCUGCAGCGGGACAACGCGCUGCAGAACAACCCCAAGUACGUGGCCUUCGCCUUCAUCUACAUCCUGACCGGCCUGACGGUCAUCGGCGCCUUCCUCAACCUGGUGGUGCUGCGCUUCAUGACCAUGAACGCCGAGGACGAGCGGCGGGACGCCGAGCAGCGAGCCCUGCUGUCGCGCCACGCGGGCAGCGGCGCCCCCGGUGGCGGCGGGGGGGUCAGGGGCGACCCGCCGUCGUACUCGUCGGCCGCCUCCGAGCUGGGAGGAGGGGGCGGAACGGGCAGGGGGUUGAGGAACGUCUACGCCGAGGUGCUGCACUUCCAGUCCAUGUGCUCGUGCCUGUGGUACAAGAGCCGGGAGAAGCUGCAGUACUCCAUCCCCAUGAUCAUCCCGCGCGACCUCUCGACCUCCGACACCUACAUGGAGCAAGGGGAGGCGCUCUCCAGCAGCCCUCUGCCCGUACACCACUCCAACGGCUGCCCGUGCGGCCUGCAGAGGCCCUCCGCCAUCAGCUCCGUGUCCUCGGGUCUGCACGUCCUGUUGCCCUCCACCUCCUACCGCGGGCCCUCCAAACGCCGCUGCUCCAUCUAGUGGCCGGGAGGAACUACUGCAUCAUGGAUGAACGAAUGAAACGGCGAAUAACCGUACGGUGGCCUCCUCUAGCAUUGUGAACACUAACCGCCCACCCGCCGCAUUGACCACUCCUUUGUAUUGGAACGGAUGGCUGAAGUCAUUUGUAGCCGGUGUAUUGCUGCCGUCCCAUCUGUGAGACGGCAAUACGCAGAAUUUCCUGUAGGUGGCGGUAACAUCCAUGAGAAAUAUCAGGACACCGGGCCAAGGUGGCAGCUUCUGCAAUUGGGACAUGGCGAAAAGGCUGAACAUGACAAGCAGUGCUCAUAUCUAUGAUGUCAUUCCAGGACAUUUCGAUGGCUGUACGUACGGUCGGAUCUUGAUGAGAGUAAAGUGCGGAAAACGAUUGCCUCUUGGGCCUUGAUGAUGCCGACAUAUGAGGCAGGUGGACUUGGAUGUAGAGUAAAGUCCAAUGUCAUGACGAGUUCAGAAUAGAAGUGGUUCCUU